AUGGAAGAAAAUGUAGUGGAAGUGACUCCAGAACGCGCUAGGAAGAAGUUUUCUUCAUUACCAGAGACGUGGAAACGAGCAAGGGCGAAGGUUGAAAGAUCAAUUUUCAAUAGGUUCUACAAUCUUGGAUUUGGAAGUCCCCGAACAGAUACAUGUUCUAAAUGCAAUGAGCUACUUGAACGCAUAAAAAAAUCAACAGAUCCAAGUGAAAAAGUUAACUUAAUGACUGAGAAAAGGGUUCACAUGCUUAAGGCCAGAGCAUUUUAUCGACUACUAAAAGAAAAAAGAGAUGAUUUAGUUACGUUUUCUUUCGAUUGCCAGAAAAAUCAAGCACCGCUCCAUAUUAAAACAGUCGAGCUAGUUUUCCCCAUUCUCGAUCAUUCAUUCAUUCCACCAGAUCGAGUUUUCGGUCUUGUUGAAAAAGAAAUUAAACGUAUGGAGACUAUUUUAAAACCUGUGGAAUAUGUAAAAGGUGAGCCCAACGACUGCGCUGAUAUUGGGAGUUAUAAGUCAGUUCUGAAGAGAGGAAAAACAUUUAUUGAUUUAAACCCGGAUUCCAUAGAAAAAAACAAAGUUGUAGUAAUGAAAGAUAAAAUCAAAGAUGUUGACGCUCUACUAAAAAAACAUUGUGGCGAGAAUUGGAAGUCUAGGGAUGAUUUAGAUUUUUACAAACAGGUGAUCUUACGAGCAGAAAAUGAGAGCAAUGAAACUGAAGAGGGUGAAGAAGUCUGUGAAGUUGCAGUGCCUGAAUCUGACUUACGAAUUUAA